GUCUAUGGUCCUUUUUAGCAAAUGAAAGCAGAGAUCUGCUCAGUGGGAGGGAGGGCAGUAAUCAGUAAAUGGACUGCGACUGAAUUUACAGACACGAUUCUUUACAUUGAGGCAGCACCCAGCGGAGGAAAAUGAACACCGAGCCAGUGGUGAUCGUGUCUGCGGCCCGGACUCCUAUAGGGUCUUUCAAUGGGGCAUUAAGCACUGUGCCCCUUAAUGACCUGGGUGCUGUUGUCAUUAAGGAUGUACUUAAGAGAGCCAGUAUAAAACCAGAGGAAGUAUCUGAAGUCAUCAUGGGACAUGUGCUCACUGCUGGUCAUGGGCAGAACCCCACGAGGCAGGCUAGUGUUGAGGCAGGAAUCCCAUACCCAGUACCAGCAUGGAGCUGUCAGAUGGUUUGUGGUUCUGGUUUGAAGGCUGUGUGCCUUGGAGCUCAAUCCAUUAUGAUGGGGGAGUCCAAUGUGGUGGUGGCAGGGGGCAUGGAAAGCAUGAGCCGGGCACCUCACACAGUUCAAAUGAGGGCAGGAGUAAAGAUGGGAGAUGCUUCACUGCAGGAUUCUAUAGUGGCUGAUGGACUCACUGAUGCUUUUCACAACUGCCACAUGGGCAUCACAGCGGAGAACGUGGCUAAGCAGUGGACUGUUAGUCGAGAAGCUCAAGACCAGUAUGCUGUCACCUCACAGAACAGAACCGAGGCAGCACAAAAAGCUGGUCACUUUAACCAGGAGAUUGUGUCAGUGAUUGUUCCUUCAAGGAAAGGCCCAGUUGAAGUGAAGGUUGAUGAAUUUCCUCGCCAUGGUAGUAAUAUAGAUGCCAUGUCUAAACUGAAGCCAUGUUUUGUGAAGGAUGGGUCUGGAUCAGUCACUGCUGGCAAUGCAUCAGGGAUAAAUGACGGAGCUGCAGCUACAGUUCUCAUGAGCCAAUCAGAGGCUCAGAGGCGGGGCCUUCGUCCAAUGGCUAAAAUCGUCUCAUGGGCCCAAACUGGCCUUGACCCAUCUAUCAUGGGCACAGGGCCAAUAUCUGCUAUCAGGAAAGCAACAGAAAAAGCAGGGUGGCAGCUGGCUGAAGUAGAUCUGUAUGAGAUCAAUGAGGCCUUCGCUGCUCAGUGUGUGGCGGUGGUGCAGGACCUAGGACUGAACCCAGACAAGGUGAAUAUUAAUGGAGGAGCUAUAUCUCUGGGACACCCUCUGGGUAUGUCUGGCUGCAGGGUGUUGGUUACCCUGCUGCAUGCACUCCAGAGGACUGGGGGCAAAAAGGGAGUUGCUGCUCUGUGUAUUGGUGGUGGAAUGGGAAUUGCUAUGUGUGUAGAGAGAGUUUAAAACAAUCCGUUCUCACACAUUAAUGCAUUAAAAGCAGCUGCUGAUAGGGACAACUGGAUCACGUUCGAUUUUUACAUGAAUUCUGUUGGUGUUCAUUUAUGAACUGUAUUUUUGUAAUUCAGUCAAAUGUUAAAUAUUUUAGUUAAAGCAAUGUUAAGUCAAUGAACAGUUAAUUCUCAAGAGGUACUUUACAACUUGCAGUGCAGAAUAUCAUUAGUUCUGGUUUAGAUCUGACUGGUAUGUCUAGAGUGCAAUUUUGGGAAUGAGCGUUAAACUAUUGCACACAAAACUAAACAUAAAACUGACAGAAAAGAACAGUCUUAUCCUGUACGUCCUGCACGAAAUGUAUUGUUUUUAAAACCUUUAAACAUUCCAUGCAAUAGAAGCAUUACUGUAAUACUCACGUUUUGUGGAUCCGGCCUGCAGUAUUGAUCAGACCUGUUGCCAGCAGUAAUCACAUUCAUUAUAAUGAUCGGCCAGGGUCCGCAGAAGAGUACAUGCAAUAGAUCAGACCUAAGAAAACACUACCAUAGACUUGCCUUAGAGAACCUUGUGCCAUAAGGCUAAACUAGCCUCAGUCCUGUGCUUUCUGUAGACGGCUUUGUUAUUGAUGUAAGGAGUACUGUACAGUGCUUGUGUUUGCUUGAAAUCUCAAGGGAAAAUGUGUUUACAUAUCUAACCUUCACUGUGUAUUUCCUCAAUAAAUAAAUAAUGCAACGUGA